AUGUUAAUUUAUCAUUUCAGUUUUCGAUGUGUAUCAUACAACAUAUUGGCAGAUUUAUAUUGUGAUUCAGAUUAUACAAGGACAGUGUUGCAUCCAUAUUGCCCUCCUUAUGCUCUAGAAAUUGACUACAGGAAGCAACUUAUUCUGAAAGAGUUGCUGGGUUACAAUGCCGAUAUAAUCUGUUUGCAAGAGGUUGAUAAAAAAGUUUUUGAUUAUUCACUAAGCUGUUUUCUGGAAAAUGAUGGCUUUAAAGGAUUAUUUUACAAAAAAGGAAAAUCUGUAGCUGAGGGCUUGUCAUGUUUCUACAGAGAGAACAGAUUUAGAUGCAUUGGGGAUAAGAAAAUAUUGUUAGCUGAUGCAAUUCAAACUGAAUCAUAUUUAAAGCCAAUUUGGGAUGCUAUAGAAAAAUUUGAUAGAUUAAAGGAAAGAUUGCUAGAUAGGUCUACAGUUGCAAGUGCAACAAUUUUACAUUCUUUAGAUAAUGAAAAGGAAAUACUUAUUGUUGGUAACACGCAUUUAUACUUCCACCCUGACGCAGAUCACAUUCGACUUAUCCAAGGAGGAAUUGUUAUACAAUGGCUGGAAAAUAUUCUUAAAUUAUUACAGGUAGAGCAUACAGACAAGCGAAUAUCCAUAAUUCUAUGUGGCGACUUUAACAGUGACCCAUCUUCUGGAAUUUACAAGUUAUAUACAACUGGCAACGCUCCAAGUACUUUACCAGAUUGGAAAUCAAAUCCUGAUGAAGCUGUUAGUCAUUUAAGUCUCUCGCAAGGUAUUCUGCUUGGUAGUGCAUGUGGUACACCUCAGUACACAAAUUUUACAGAAGGUUUUGCAGAUUGCCUUGAUUACAUAUAUUUCGAUAAAAAUAAUCUUGAAGUGGAACAGGUGGUGCCUUUUCCAAGUGUGGAAGAAUUAAAAGCACAUACAGCCUUACCCAGCAUAGUUUUUCCAUCAGAUCAUAUAGCAGUUGUAUCUGACAUAAAAUUUAAACAACAAUAAAAACGUAAAAAGGAUGUAACUUAUUGUAGAAAAUAAAUGAAAUGGAUAUAAAUAUUUAA